CCUUCCCUGCAAUUUUUUAUUCUACUUUGUUUUACAGAGUACUUUCCCAAGGACUGUUUAGGCUAUCUGGAAUCAGGAGAGAUCAGUGGUGUGUACAUAAUCAAACCUGUUGGCUCCAAUGCUUCGAUACAGGUUUAUUGCGACAUGGACACAGACAACGGUGGAUGGACGGUGUUUCAGCGUAGGAAGGAUGGGUCAGUGGACUUUUAUCGUGACUUUGCCAGCUACCGGGAAGGCUUUGGGGAACCCGACAGGGAGUUUUGGCUUGGUAACAACAACCUGCAUUACCUUACCAGUCAAGGCAACUACCAACUUCGUGUUGAUCUCUCAGACUUUGAAAACAACACUGCGUAUGCUGUCUAUGACUCCUUCAGCAUUGCCAGUGCUAGUGAUAACUACAGGCUAUCAGUAGGAGGCUACUCUGGAACUGCUGGUGAUUCUCUGAUGUACCACAACGAGCAGGAAUUCACAACCAAGGACAGAGACAAUGACCCCUACUCUACCUUACAGUGUGCUGAAUUUCGCCAAGGUGCCUGGUGGUAUAACAGUUGUGCAUACUCCAAUUUAAAUGGGAAAUAUCUUGGUGAUGUCCAAAGAAAAGAGGGAAUCACAUGGAGGGAAUGGAAGAAUGAUCUCUCCUCAUUCAAAACCUCUGAGAUGAAAAUAAGAUUGAAUGAGUAAAAUCCUCCAAAGAAAUAUCAACUGGGUAGAAAGCGCUUCCUACCUAAUCGUGUACAAUAUGAAUCUACAUGUACCAGUAAACUAUUUCAUAAGCAUGAGAUUUUGAAAUUAUCAUGAAACAAACAGUUAAAAUACUUUUUACCAAGUUAACACAGAAUUGCCCAAUGUUGUUGAAAUACAGGUUCCAACCAACUUUAUACAAAAAGUUUACUCCAUAAUUUUUGAGUACCCCUGCACAUCUAAGCAUACAUAUUACAAAUAUUUUUCGAUGAUUUUU